AUGCACAAAAUCCCCCUCGAAUCGCUCAAAACCAACACCAACUAUCUGAAAUCAUGCAUUCUCUAUGAGGUGCUCAGUGAUAAACCAAUUUUUGACUGCUAUCGCCACUUUUGUCGAAGAAAUGGAGAGGACGCGAUGGGAUACGGCGAUUUUGAAUACUAUUUUUAUCGAUUUUACAGUGGACACGUAGAUUUUGAGCAAGAGAGAAGAAUUGACUUCAAGGAGAAGACGUUGGUCGAGUUGCCGUUGGAGAUACUCGGAAUGGUGACUGGAUAUCUGGAGCCAGAUGAGAGAGUUCACUUACGUCUCACGUCCAAGAAAUUCAAAACCAUUGUUGACAUCGAACCUGUCACUUUCGGACUAAUCGAUGUAAAAUGGACACCAAACGUCUUCGUGUUAUAUAUAAAUGAAAAUUGCUUCAAAUAUAAAAUUGCCAAUGAUCGCUUCAUUCGAGAUGGUAAUGCUGAUGAAGACUUUCAAAGUGCAUUCGAUCGUUUCGCUCAAGUCUUGAAACAUCCGAAACUCCAUGUUGAUCGUCUAGAUCUCACAUUCCCAGAUGAUUUGUUUACGGAAGAAAGGGAACAAUUAUUGAAAUGCCUCCCACAUUUAUUGCAUGUAAACACAGCGGUUAUUCAAGGAAGCGUCAAUGAAACACUGACGAUUAUGUCUCACUUGAAGCCCGAUGUCUUGAAGAGAAUCGAAGUAACGGGGUGUCCUCAAGAACUAGCUCCAGUUUUCGAAUUGGAACAUUGGAAGCAGGCAGAGUUGACUCACGUGAACUCGACGCAUAUGACUUCGAAGUCGUUUCCACUGUUCUACAACUUAAGUUGCUUCCAUAUACUUGUCACGUCAAUGGAAUUUAAUGAUUUACAUCUUUUGAUUGCUAACGUUGCCAAAAACCCAUCUUUUCAAUUUUGCUCGGUAAAAGCCGUCACUAUAACGUCUCAUGAGUCUGAAGACCUUUUGCCGAUGGAAGGUAGAAUGGAGAACGAUGGAAGUUUCGUAUUUUGUUAUCAGAUUCUGGAUUCUAGUCACUACCUGGAAAUUUACUUGAGGAAUGGUGGCAUUUCCACUAUUCGGAGAAUUUAG